AUUUGAAAUUUUGCGAGACUAGUACUGACGCUUCAGCUGAUUGAAAGAAAGAUGAAUUCGGUAGGAUUUUCAUAUCCUGCCACUAAUUUGAGCAUUUAUGCUCCAGGUCACAUCGGAAUUUGUAUGUUGUCGUUUUAUGACCAAGAUAAGGCAAUAUCCGACUCAAGCACAUAUAUUGUUGACGUUGAUCAAUGCUUCGGUAUGAACUUGUACAAUGAAAAAUUGACUCGUUUGGAUACAAUCCCACCAGCAGGUGUGGUAUUUCUCGUGGAUCUGGGUUUCGAAGGUUUUCAUCGUGCCGUCUGCAAUAUUCAAAACAUCAACACUUUGUUGUUAAUUGACAUUGGCGAAAUUAUGCAAGUAUCAUCUGCAGCAGACGUGAAGAUGUUCUCGCUUUCAAGUAGAGCACAAGAAUUGUCAGCUCGAGCAAUCAAUUGCACAGUUUUGGAGAUUUUCGACGAAUAUGAAAAUAGAAUCAGUGAUUUUACCAAAAUGCUGAAUCAACAAAUAUGGUUCGCUGUUUACGAGGUUGGGAAGAAAAAUAUGGUUGUUACCUUGCAUAAGACCAGACCAGUAGAAACACCUAAAACAGAAAAAGCCAGCAUAGAAUUGACUGAAGAAGAACGGAAAAUAUUGUUUGAAGAGCCGAAAAUGAUGACAACUAAUGCACUAAAAGCAGUUGCAGGUCAUGUGCCAACUGACGAAAAACUGAUUUGCAAAUUUUAUGAUCCCAAAACAGGCGGUUGCUUCAAAGGCAAUUCUUGUCAUUUGAUACACGUACAAGUAUUGCGUGAUGGAACGACUCGUGAUCGAAAAGAAAUAAAGCAUAGAAUGCUGGAUCAAAUAAUGCCAAUGAUUGGGUCCACGUAUAAAGUCUGCAUAACAUCCAUUGUAAGUUCAGAAGAAUUUUUUUGCCAUAUUCCCGAAAUUUGUGCGCAAACGUUAUCGAGCUCACUUGAAGAUUUCAAAAAACAAUUAAAUGCGGCCAAUAUGGUCGAACAAUAUCAACCAUACAAUGGUGUGCCCGAUCUCCAUGAGCUCAUCUUGUUCAAGAAUCAGGGUGUUUAUUACCGGGGCCAGGUACUUGAUCAUCAUUCCGAAGAGUGUAUAGUUGUGCUUUUCGUCGAUUAUGGUGCUGUCCAGAAGGUCAAUAUUCGAGACACUUUCCGAUGGCACACACGCUGGGAUACAAUAGCAGCUUUAGCAUACCGCUGCAUUUUGGGAAAUAUUCGAGCACGCCGUAAAAAUGAUGUUGAAGCCAGAGAAGCCCUUCGAAAUUUAAUACUCAACGGAAGUGAUGUUUCUAUCCAAGUCAUUUCGUGUGCUGAACACCUGUAUGUCCGAUUGUAUGACGACAAUGGAUAUGAUGUAGGCGAAACACUUUGUGCAAAUGGUCUGUGUAUAAAUGCACCGAGAUUGAUACCAGUGUCAACUCAACUCCCUGGUUGAAUAAACCAGCCAAAGACGAAAAAUCAUAGUGUUUAUGCAAUGAAAUAACAUGAUGGAAACAUCUGAUCAAAACAAGAUGUUAAAUAAACGCUAAUGGAUAUUUUAUUGAAAAUGCAAA